CUCUUUUCUCUCUCGACACUAAUUUGGUUUUAAAAACAAACAAACAAAAGAGCUUAUAUUAUUUUUAAUCGUUGAAUGAUUGAGAUCACUACCAUGGCAGCUAUGGUAGUGUGUUUCAGUACCCUUUCGGUUCUAUUUAUGGUUUCCUUGUUGUGUAAACUUGUGUUAGACACCAUAUCAUGUUACUUGCUGAUUCCCAGACGAAUAAGGAAAACCAUGGCGAAACAAGGAGUGCAUGGCCCGAAACCCAUCGGAGUAACCGGCAACAUACUUGAAAUGUUCAAACUAACAUCGGAAUCGACCUCGAAAGACAUGGAAACCGUCAACCACGACAUCGUCGGCCGGCUUUUGCCGCAUUAUGUCAAAUGGUCCAAAUCAUACGGGAAAAGAUUCAUAUACUGGCAUGGGAUUGAACCUAGGAUGUGUGUGACAGAGACUGAACUGAUCAAAGAACUGAUGACCAAACACCACCUGGUAACAGGCAAAUCAUGGCUACAACAGCAAGGCUCGAAACAUUUUACUGGGAGAGGUUUGUUAAUGGCUAAUGACCGGAACUGGUACCACCAGCGCCAUAUCGCUGCUCCAGCGUUCAUGGGGGAUAAUCUAAAGAGUUAUUCCGGACAUAUGGUGGACUGCACCAAGCAGAUGAUCCAAUCACUGCAGAAUGCAGUACAUUCAGGCCAAAGUGAGUUCGAAAUCGGAGAAUACAUGUCUAGGCUUACAGCUGAUAUAAUCGCAAGAACUGAAUUCGACAGCAGUUACGAGAAAGGGAAACAAAUAUUCAAUCUUUUAACAUCGUUGCAACACCUUUGCGCUCAAGCAAGCAGGCACUUGUGCUUUCCAGGAAGCCGGUUUUUCCCAACAAAAUACAACAGAGAAAUGAAGUCCCUGAAGAUGGAGGUGGAUAGAUUACUAUUGGAGAUAAUACAAAACCGAAAAGACUGUGUAGAAAUUGGGCGGAGCAGUUCACAUGGGAAUGAUCUGUUGGGUGUCUUGCUUAAUGAGAUGGAGAAGAAGAGAGGAGACAAAUUCAAACUAAACAUGCAGUUGAUAAUGGAUGAAUGCAAGACUUUCUUCUUCGCCGGCCAUGAAACCACUGCUCUUUUGCUUACGUGGACUCUCAUGUUACUGGCCACAAACCCUGCUUGGCAAGAUAAGGUUCGAGCUCAACUCAAACAGAUCUGCAAUGGCGGUGUUCCGUCUGUUCAUCAACUCAAUAAACUAACUGUGCUACACAUGGUUAUAAACGAGUCGUUGAGACUGUAUCCACCAGCGACGGUGCUGCCACGGAUGGCAUUUGAAGACAUUAAAUUGGGCGAUCUUUUCAUCUCCAAGGGACUAUCGAUAUGGAUACCAGUGUUGGCGAUACAUCACAGUGAAGAAUUGUGGGGAAAGGAUGUCAAUGAAUUCAAUCCCGAUAGGUUCAAUUCGAGACCUUACGCCUCCAGUCGUCAUUUCAUGCCAUUUGCCGCCGGUCCUCGGAAUUGUAUCGGCCAAUCUUUCGCCAUGAUGGAAGCUAAGAUCAUAUUAUCCAUGUUUAUCUCACGGUUCAGCUUCACGAUUUCAAAAAGCUAUCGCCAUGCUCCGGUCGUUGUCAUGACUCUAAAGCCGAAAUAUGGAGUUCAAGUGCACUUGAACCCGUUGGAUCCUUGAAACAAGCCGAUUUUGUAGUGGAAUCCACCGAGUAGAGAACGUAAUUUUGAUAAUACAUUAGCAUCAUUACAAGAACAAGUUUAUGAAAUCGAGA